AAUGAGACACAAACAAACAUGUAAGUAGCCAACAAAUACCAACAAGUGUGAAUAUCGAACUCGAACAUACCAAAGCAUAGAUGAUGGCAUCAUCAAAACACCGCCCACCACCGCCACAACAACUCUCCGACUCAGAUUCCGACGGUGGCUCCUCCACUUCUACACUCCUCCGUCACUCAGACCUCUCCGAAUCUAUAUUCAAAUCCUACUUCAAUUUCUCCGGCCACUCCUCAACCAAUGCCACCUCCGCCGAUCUCUCCAAGAUCCAAUCAUUCCUCACUUCCUCCUCCUCCGGCGCUCUUUCCUGCCUCAUUUGUCUCGAACGCAUCAAACCCUCCGAUCCCACAUGGUCCUGCACCUCCCUAUGCUUCGCUGUAUUCCAUCUCUUCUGCAUUCAAAGCUGGUCCCGUCAAGCUUCCGAUCUCGCCGCCGCACGCGCCGUCACUCGUCUCUCCAUUUCACCUGAUCAAGCCUCUGAUACAUCUCUCUGGAAUUGCCCCAAAUGUAGAGUUGAAUAUCCCAAAACCUUAAUCCCUAAAACCUAUCUAUGUUUCUGUGGAAAAUUGGAGAAUCCUCCAAGUGAUGAUCCUUGGGUUUUACCUCAUUCUUGUGGUGAUGUUUGUGGUAGAUCUUUGAAGAACAAUUGUGGGCACCAUUGUUUGCUUUUAUGCCAUCCUGGACCAUGUCCAUCUUGCCCACAACUUGUUAAAGUUCGUUGCUUUUGUGGGUCUCAUCAAGAUGUUCGAAGAUGUGGGUUUAAAGAGUUUUCUUGUGAAGCUCCUUGUUCAAAGUUAUUGGAUUGUGGUGUGCAUAAGUGUGUUGAGAUUUGCCACCUUGGCGCAUGUCCGCCUUGUCGGGCGCGUGGUGUUUAUAGGUGUCAAUGUGGGAAGGUGAAAGUGGAGAGGGAGUGUUGUGAUCGUGUUUUUCGAUGUGAUGAUCCCUGUGAGAAGAAGCUUAGUUGUGGGAAGCAUGUUUGUGAGAGAGGGUGUCAUUCUGGUGAAUGUGGCGAGUGUCCUUUACAAGGGAAGAGAACAUGUCCUUGUGGAAAAAGGGUAUAUGAAGGAAUGCCUUGUGAUGCUCCUAUGCAGGUUUGUGGAGCUACUUGUGAUAAAAUGUUAUCCUGUGGGUAUCAUAGGUGUCAUGAACGAUGCCACCGUGGACAAUGUAUCCAGACUUGUAGGAUUGUUGUGAAGAAAUGUUGUCGCUGUGGUAGCCUCAAGAAAGAUGUACCUUGCUAUCAAGAUUUGGCAUGUGAGAGGAAGUGUCAGACGUUGCGCGACUGUGGUAGGCAUCCUUGUAAACGCCGCUGCUGUGAUGGAGAUUGCCCUCCGUGCUCAGAGAUAUGUGGUAAGAGGCUUCGCUGUAGGAACCAUAAAUGCCAAUCUCCAUGCCAUAGAGGUCCCUGUGCUCCUUGUCCUAUUAUGGUGACAAUUUCGUGUGCAUGUGGGGAGACACAUUUUGAGGUUCCAUGUGGUACAGAAAUGGAUCAAAAACCACCUAAAUGCCGUAAACAAUGUCCUAUUAAGCCUUUGUGCCGACAUGCAUUAAUCUGCAAGCCACACAAAUGCCAUUAUGGAGCCUGCCCUCCUUGUCGCCUACCUUGUGCAGAAGAGUACCAAUGUGGCCAUGCAUGCAAAUUAAGGUGUCAUGGUGCAAGGCCUCCUCCAAAUCUAGAAUUUACUCUUAAACCAAAGAAAAAGAAGAAUACACAACAAAGUGAAAUUGUUCCCGGCACUCAAUGCCCUCCUUGCCCGGAACUAGAAUGGAGAUCAUGUGUAGGGCAGCACAUGGGAGCAGAGCGAAUGAUGGUCUGCUCUAAUAAAUCACAGUUCUCCUGUGAAAAUUUAUGUGGUAAUCCUCUACCGUGUGGUAAUCAUUAUUGUACUAAAACCUGUCAUCCCUUGGAGAACCAGUCUUCCACGAACCAGUCAAUAAGAAGUGAGGCUUGUGAAGAUUGUUUGCUUUCUUGCCAAAAGGAAAGAAAGCCUAAGUGUCAACAUCACUGUCCUCGGCGAUGCCAUCCUGGAGAUUGCCCCCCAUGCAAGGUGUUAGUUAAACGGUCAUGUCAUUGUGGUGCAAUGGUCCAUGCUUUUGAGUGUAUUUAUUACAACAGCCUUUCUGCAAAGGAUCAAGAGACUGCCCGGUCAUGUGGUGGACCAUGUCAUAGAAAGAUGCCAAAUUGUACGCAUCUAUGCCCAGAGACAUGUCAUCCUGGUGAAUGCCCAAAUCCUGAUAAAUGCGGUAAAAAGGUCACUGUUCGGUGCAAAUGCCAAACACUGAAAAAGGAGUGGCUUUGUCAAGAUGUUCAAGCAGCACAUAAUCGUGCCGGUUGCAAUCCAAGUGAUAUACCAAAAAAUCAAUUUGGAGUUGGACUUAUUCCUUGCAAUUCGGACUGUAAGAGUAAAGUGCAGGUUGUUGAGUCAGAACUGCAAUUACGGAAAUCUAGAGUUACCGAGGUAAAGGAGCCAGAUAAUGAAAAAUCAGUUCCAAAGCGACGAAAAAGGCGGGAGCGGGUAGUAGAAUCCAAUGAACCGACAAUACUACAGAAAAUAAUUUCCAGAACAAAGCAGGUUCUUCUAUUUAUCUUUUUCUUAUUCAUACUUGUUGCCGCUACUCAUUAUGGAUACAAGGGACUACUACAGCUCAAUGAUUGGAUGAAUAAAGUUGACGAACAAAGACAUAGAUCUUCACGAAUCAGAUGAUUUGUUCAUUGUGUUAAUUAUUGUAUUAUUUCCUCUAUUAAUUAAAGUAUGUGCAUCAAGUUUCAAUAUGAUUUGGAUGCUUGCAGCACUUGACACAAACCAUACAUUCUUUUUCCAUGGAAUAGGAAAUAAUCACGCGAUAGACAUUAGACAUACAUGUUCGGAGUUUUCCCGAAUAAGGUUUUCUUUUGGAGGUUCAAUUAAUUUGCAUGUCAAAUAUUAUUACCAAGCACUGUAUUGGCCAUGGCGGCGCCAUGGGGGAUAUUGGUGGUGGGUUUUUGGCUUUCCACCAUGGCCAAUUUUGUGAAGGAUGGCAGCGCCAGACUCAGAUAUGGCGGCCCACAUAUCGGCCGGUAUGGUGGGUUUUUGGCUUCCCGCCAUCGACAAUACUGUUACAAAAGAUGUAGCUAUUGUAUAUGUAGUGUGUAACUUGUAGUGCUAUGAUGAUAACAUGGUAAUUUUGGUGGAUUUGUCAUAUUACAAUAACAUUUCCAUUAUCAAUUUGUUGGUUCUUGCCAUUUUUUAAUGUGUUUCUUUGUCAUCCUUUAUUGAAUGGUGUCUGAAAGCUAUAUUCACAUUGUUUUUGAACCAUUCCCAUAUGCUCCAACAAAUUCCUUGCUGAUGUCCA